CUUCAGCAUGCAACUGUGCUAUAGGGACCUCAGUGUACCCCUCUUCACAGCAGAAACAAAUACAUUUGGAAAUGGAUCUGGAGGAGACAUACAAAGAAGGAGAGGAUAUGGAGAGGAAAAUGACUCGAGCUGCAGCUGCCAAGGUGGUAAAAAAGAAUUUUCUUGAAGCCCUGAAGUCUAAUGACUUUGAAACACUGGAAGAGCUAUUGAGCCAAAAGAAAAUAGAUGUGGACACCGUGUUUGAAGUGGAAGAUGAAAAUCUGAUUCUGGCAUCGUACAAACAAGGGUACUGGCUGCCUAGCUACAAAUUAAAAAUAUCCUGGGCAACUGGACUUCAUCUAGCUGUCAUGUAUGGACAUCUGGAGAGUCUUUCAGUCUUGCUCAAUCACAAAGCUACAAUCAACUGUCGGCCCAACGGAAAAGCAGCAAUCCACAUAGCGUGUGAAAUGGCAAACGUUGAGUGUCUAAAGAUCCUUUGUAACCAUGGAGCUAAGCUGAACUGCUUUUCAAUGAGUGGGCAGGCACCUUUGCACUUCUGCACGACACGAACCUCCAUGCCUUGUGCCCAGCAGCUGGUUUGGAGAGGAGCAAAUGUGAACAUAAAAACAAACAACCAAGAUGAAGAGACUCCUCUGCACACCGUUGCACGUUUGGGUAUCCCUGAGCUUGUGGCCUUUUAUGUGGAACAAGGAGCACAGGUUGAUGCUCUCAAUGCCUACAUGGAGACUCCUUUGGCCUGUGCAGCCUAUUGGGCCCUUCACUAUAAGGAUCAGAUAUACAGCCCUGAUCACCACCUCAUCUGUCGGAUGCUCUUAGACUAUAAAGCUGAAGUGAAUGCUCGUGAUGAGGAUUUCAAAACACCACUCCACAAAGCUGCAUGGAACUGUGAUCAUGUCCUGCUGCACAUGCUGCUGGAGGCAGGAGCAGAAGCAAACAUCAUGGAUGUCAAUGGUUGUGCACCCCUACAGUAUAUCAUAAAAGUGACAUCUGUGCGACCAGCUGCCCAGCCUGACAUCUGCUACCAGCUACUACUGAACCAUGGAGCAGCUAGGAUAUAUCCACUGCAAUUCCACAAGGUGCUACAAGCCUGUCAUUCCCAUCCCAGAGCUGUGGAGGUUGUUGUCAAUACCUAUGAACACAUCAAAUCAACAUCUAAGUGGAAAGCAGCCAUACCUGAUGACAUCUUCGAGCGGCACCAGGAUUUCUAUGAGUCUUUGUUUGCUGUGUGCAGCAAUUCACCCCGGUCACUCAUGCAUUUAUGCAGAUGUGCUAUUCGAGCAAUAUUGUCAGAAAGGUGCCACCGAGGAGUCCCGUUGCUAUCCAUCCCCCUGUCCAUAAAGAAGUACUUGCUGCUGGAACCAGAAGGAAUCAUCUACUGAGCUACAGCAGCACCGGCACUGGAGUCUCCCUUCCUGGAUUCGUGUGCCUCUGUGGGGUGCUGGAGAUCCAGGCACAAUUCUGACAUAGUCCUUCACUUGUGUAUGAUAUCAAGCCAGCCUGAAGCCUGGCUGGGAUUUACUGCCUCUCCUCUGAGCUGCUGUUUUUCCCUGUGCUAAGGAAUCGCAGCUGCAGGCUAUGAGUCACAAUCGUGAAGGCAGAUCAGGAAAGCCCCCCCCAACAAACAAAUACAGGAGAACAUGCUUUCAUGCUUUGUUCUCCCAGUGUAAAUGAUGCUUCUGCUGCCUCUGGUAUUGGUUUUGAUGCUUGCUAAAUAGCAUUCGAUUCAGCCUGAACAACCUUUGAUACUGUUUCACUGUAAUUUUCUUCAGCUGUCACUUUAAGAGUAAAAGAAAGGAUAUCAUCAAAAAAUAGGACAUUUAUUAGUGUCAUAGAAAUGCUUUCCCAGAAAGAAAUGGACAAAUUUCUUUGAAUCGUGACCACAGACAGGAUUCCAGGAUUCUCCAUAGUUUCCUGUGGACUGACUCUCAAUUCAACUUUAGUUUGCUGUUCGCUACACCUGUCUGUAUCUUAUAAAGCUUUGUCAUAGUAAUAUCCUUUUUAAUUGUAAGAAAUUUAUAUUUAUAUUUCCGUACCUUGCUAUUCAUGCCCAAGUAGCUUUUAGCAGAUAUUGUCUCUGUUUCUGCUCUCACUGUGACUGACAAUAAUUUCACGCCCUAGUGUUGAGAAUGCAGGUAAAAUGGACUUGCCCCUGUAACCUGCACAACUGGGCUUACUCCCAUACAUAUAUCCGUCAGGAUGGAGUUGGAUGGGAUCUGGGAAGAAUACAAGGCCUUCUUUUCAUUGACUAUGCAUGGAAUCUAGUCUGCUAACAUGGACUACACACCUUAUUUUUUUGGCAGCUAAGCGCAGGUGAGAGGAUUCCCACCUUAACUGAAAGGUGUUUCAAAGAUGAUGAUGUGUUGGCUGUGCUGUUACAGACCUGCCUGUCCUCUGACUUGCAGAUCCAGUGCUUUGGGAUCUGUCAGUGCUGGUUUCUCUGCUUGCAGAAAACCUUUACUCCUGACCAAGCUGCUGACUCCAGUUCAGCAGGACGAAAUGCAGGGCAGAGGCAGUUCAGAUACCAAGUGUCCCACAGCAAGUGUGUGAUCUGACCUACAGAAAAAAACCCAAACAUUUUUCUUCCCUUUUUUUAGUUUGAUGCAAUCUAUCUGGCUGUUCCACUUUUUUAAGACCCUGACAAUUCUGUGUUCUGCUGAAAGGGAGGUGAGCUGUGCCUACCACUGUGAGCCAGUAAGUCCUGACUUCUCAUUGCAUCUCUGACUGUGAAGCUGUCGAUCCUUAUCAUUAUUAUUAUCCCUGUGCAAGAGAGCCCACAACACGUUAGGCUCUUCCCAGCUGGACAGGAGCAGUCAGGCUGUUCACUGUUUCUGACAAUAACAGCACUUGAAAAAAUGUACAGAUUAUUUGGUGUUAUAAAUCACUUCUCUUUCUUUUCAUCUCAGUUUUCAUAAAUCAAAGCUUGUUCGCUGUGUUGUAGAGAAUCUAAUUCAUUAGUCUGUUUAUGUUUAGAUAGACAGCAAAUUAGAUUGCUAUUUCACAGUUUCCGGUUCCACCAGAGAAUUUCAAAGACAACACAGACCAUGAGAAAAUGCUUCCUCAUCUGAAGCUGUAAUAUAUGUCCCUGCAGCUCACGAGAUGAAAUAUCUCUAGAGAUUUACAGAGUUAUCAUAGAAUGGUUUGGGUUGGAAGGGACCUUAAAACUUACCUAGUUUCAAUCCCCCUGCCAUGGACAAGGACAUGUCCCACUAGACCAGGCUGCCCAAGGCCUCAUCCAACCUGGCCUCUCUAUCAGAGACACUACAGUCAUUUACAGGGGAGGACAAAGAGGGUCUGGGGUAGUUUGUCGGUAGAGAAAUCCACUUAAGGCAGUUCCGGGUUAGUGGGAUCCACUGAAUUCUGCACUGAGGAAAACCAGUGAAUUUGGAAGGGCAGAGAAAGCUUGGGUUAUCUAAACCCAAUAAUUUUCUUUGCAAUGUGCCUAUGUAAGUCAGGCAUGAGGAAGAGGAUUUGCAAACUGGUCAAGGCAAGAAAAUGUUUGUUGUUUUUUGUACAGUCUGACAAUGGGGCAAGCUGAGUAAUUCAAGAGAGACAGACGGAGGUAGUUGAUUUUAUUUGGAACACAUCCCUGCUCUGGCUGUUUCUGGAAGUAAAAUUCUGCAUCUGGAAGAGGGAGGUUUAAGUCAGAACAAAGCAACGUUUUUUGACCUGUCUUAGUCAGGUCUCUCUUGCUGAGAGAGAAGAAAAAAGGCUGUCACCAGUGUUCCUAAAUUCCCUCUGAUCCUCCCCCUCUGCAGUGAACACACUUAAUUUUUAUUCUGUGGGCACCCAGCCUCACUUCCAAGCUUUGUACCAAGCAGGUGCCAGAUUAUAGCCAUUGUCGUAUCUGACAGGGAGCACAGUGGGAUCAGACUGAUUAUAGUCAUAGGAAUUUGCAAGCUGUUAAAAACACUGGAGAACACCCCUAUCACAUAAAAAAGACCUGAUUGAUGCACUUUAAUUGCUUCUGUUGUUAGAGUUACAAAAACCAACAGUAAGCAAACUUUAUUGUUUGUUAUCUUUUUAGCAUUUCUUUCUUUUUUUUGCUCUUUCUGUACUCUAUCCUCAUACAAUGGAUGGAAUUGCUCGUGUGAGGCAUGGGGGUACCUGAUAAUAAGUCUAUCAUUUAUUAAAUCUAUUGGAUACACAGUCUUCUUAUUUUCACCUAGUGCUGAUGCUUUGAAAUUUUGUGCUCUCAUAUAAUUCCUGAUCAUGCUUUUGUGUUUUCAAAGCUGUAACAGAUUGGAUGGCUGCAGGUGGAAAGGAUAAGAGACCAAGUUGUCACCCCUACACUGUAAGUUUGAACCUAGUCAUGACGUGAAACAACAGAAAAUUGUUUUCAGGGUUGUUUGGUGUCUUCUGUGAAAUCAGUUUCUUUUUGCCAUUUUGCUUCUUAGUAGAGAUGCAGUCAUGUUUGAGACAUUUCCACUGCAUUUCACAGCCUAUUAGAAUAUUUAAAGCACAGACUGGCACAAAGAAUAAACUAUACUUUCCCAUUGGCAAGCCUUUCCCACAGCUCCCUUAGU